AUUGAAACUACCCUGUCAUUCCGUCUUCUCUCUAACGAUUCGCUCUCAGUUUUCGUGCUCAGUCUGGCUCCACGUCCUGGUUAUGCCUUUUCUGAGGAAAAAUAGGCGUAGGGCGAGAUGCAGCUUCAAGAUGGGCGGUUUCAAUUUCCAUAGAAAGAGACGCCGUCAACGUUGGGCUUGCAUUGUCGAAUCUCGCGCAAAACUGCAGUUUCCUCGGCAUUCUCGCUGUGGUUUUCUGGUCGCUUUUUACCACGACAGAGGCGCCAGCGACGUCGAGUUCUCUCCCUUGCCGCCGGUGUUGAGCUUGAAAGUCUUUUUUCUCCGAAUUUUCUGCAGCAUGACGUGAGAGAUACGCUGGAGAAGAGAAAGUUAUCUUAUGUUCAAAGCAUGUGCUUAACAAAGGCGAUACUAAUUGCAUCUCGUCUCUGCUUCGGUGUCCAGCCGCAGCUUUCCUGUUUGUCGAGAGGGGCAAGAAUUAGUUGAGAAGCGACUUUAAAAGAACGAGGCAAUGAGUCUACCGAUCGAACGCAAAGGACUCCUUCUUCCUCUCCUUGGCUGACUGAUCUGCGACUGGCACCUCGUGUAAAUCUAUUGUCGCCAGGUCUUGAACACAAGUCAUGCAGUAACUUAAGCUAGGCUACCUGUAACGCAUUAUACAGUGAGGUUCGCAGGUUUCUACCUUUUUCUGCCGAGUAUAGUUUACGAGGUGGACAUCUGGCUUAGAUCUUUCGAAGGUCUCUGUCUGUGAAGGUGCGAACUGACACACGUCAGCGAGGUUUUUUCGUGCCGAUGAUUCUUGGAAUUGGAAGCGACAAGUCAGAAGCCGCGUUUCUUUGUUUCACACCGUUUUCUUCAGGUGUAUCUGCUGAAAGAGGCGUCGCUCCAGUUCAAGAAGCAAUCUCUUUUGUGGAAAACGCAUGCAGUUUUCGGUUGUGUUUCCUCCGGCUGUGUGCUUCAAGCUACCUCGACACCGCGCUGUGCAGUUUCCGUCAACCGUUUUCCAAGAUGCUGUCCACAUUCUCUUCGCUGGCAUCGCUUAUGUACCAGUCUGUGUCUUCCUCGGUCUCUGAUCCUUCUGCUCCCGCUGCCUCUUCUUCUGACGUUGCUUGUUGUCGGGAUGCGCUUCGCCCUCUCAGACGAAGAGACUUUUCUCGUCGACGUGUCUCUUCUUCUCGUCCUCGCUGCCCGCCUUCUUCCUCCCUGUCUCCGUCUCGUCAGGAAGAAAACUCGGAGGCGUCUUCUUCAGCUUGUUCGAAGAACGCCGAGAGUGGAGGAGGCGUCGGAGAGGAGUCCGAUAACUUCCCUUCGUGCACUCGCUGUACGUCUAACAGGCGACGGCCAGUCUGCUGGGGAGACAGAGCCCAAGAAGGACGCAGAGAGAGUGGUGUGGGAGAUCCGAAGGAAGCGGCGAGUUCUCAUUCUGGUUCUGCAAAGUCUCUCGAUAUCUGGAACACCCCCCUUUGUCUCCACGUCUCCUCCCAUGUUCUGUCAGCGAGCGCGGAGCGACGGCGGACUCCGUCGCGCUCGGUCGGGCAAAGCCUCCUUUUACGAGAAAUCGUCUGCGGAGAAAAAGAACAAACGGAAGACGACACGGCUGAAGUUCUUCCUCCAGGGUCCCUCGUGUCUCGUGGUGACGCCGCAUGUGGCUUUGCUCAAACCGGAAGGUCACCCAGUCAUUUCCAACGCCUAACCCGUCACCCCUCUCGUUCGCCGCCUUCUUCUUCUCCCUUCCCUUCUUCCUCCUCUUCCUCCUCUUCUUCCUCUUCCUCCUCUUCCUCCUCGUCCUCUUCUUUUCCCUGCCCUUCGUCCUCUUUUUCUUCUUCUUCUUCGUCUUCCUCUGAGACUGUGGUCUCCUCCCUCCCUUUGUCUCCAUUGGCUUGCUUGCCGGCUUCGCGCUCGUUCCUCGUCUCUGCAGCGGCUCGUCAGACGUCUUCGACGCUGUCGUCACCGCCGGCUGUUCACGUGGGCAUGCUGGGCCAUCGAACGCACCUGGAUGUCUUUGCCAGUGAACCUCUUGAUUUCGAGGAAGCGACCAGAGGGGAGGACGCAACAGAGACAACUGCCGAAACGCCUUCUGAGACAUCUUUCGGGACCGUGUUCGGGACUGUGGGUGCCGGACUUUUCUGGAGCAGAGAAGAGGCUUCACGAGGCGACUCUCGGAGGCGUCUGGGCGUUCCCGGAAGAGUUGCGAAUAUCCUGGGGAAUGUCCCCUGCUUCUGCCUUCCUCUUGAAGAUGUCAUCUCCACCAUGGCGACUUCACAGCGAGCUGCUUUGCUGACUCGCCUGCGAGGCGUCGAAGUUCGGAGUUUCGUGUUGGAGAACAGCUAUUUCUUUGACGCCUUGGUGAGCCACGUUUUCGCUUUGCCCGAGGAAGCGCGGCCGCCUCUCCACCUUCUUCGAAUUGUGAAUUACCGGAACGAAGACCUUCGCGACACGCUGUCCCCUCUCGAACUCGACCGAGUGAGGACCGCUGAAAUGGCGCUCGUCCACCAGCUGCAGCGAGAACGAGAAAGCGAGGCUGAACGGCUGCGGCCAACCCACCAAGAGGCAGAGAGUCGUGGAACUCGAGAAGAGAGUCGCAAAAGAGAGGAAGUCGCGUUCACAGAAGAUUUACAACGCGCAGAAGAAGAAAGAGACGAAGAAGCAGGGAGCAACGCCGACGGUGUGGGUGGUGCUGGGCGAGGGCAGAGAAGAGUGACGGAAAGGUUGAACGUGGAGGAGAGGGAACGGAGGGAGAGGCCAAGAGACAGAAGAUGUUUCACGCAGAGCGACUUGUAUAACGACGGGGUGAACAGACACGGGGGGGACCGUCAACGCGGCAAUGCCGGCGACGAGGUUUCUACGAAUUCUUCCUCUUGCGCUUCUUCACCCUCCUUCUCAGAAAUGCCAUGUUCCGCGUUCAAUCCCAGAGUGGCCGCCAGAAGGGAGGAAGCCUCGGCUUCGACCGUUUCCUCCAGCGAAUGCGGCCGCAUGGGUUCUGGGUCGGCUCCGGGUCGCCUUCGUAGACCGGCCGAGCGAGGUCGUGUUGGCGUCGGUAGAGAGGCCCGCGACGGUCCUUCUUUGGUCUCAAAUUGUCCAGGAAAUCCCAAUGCAGUUGUUUCCAACUCUUCGCCUGCAUUUGCGUCCCCUUCUGGUUCGCGUCACUUUUCUGCUCGCGCGGACUCUGUGACCUGUCCUUCUUUCUUUUCCAAGUCGCUUGCUGUCGUUCCGCGACCCGUCCAGAGACAUGUGCGCUCGCUUCUCUCGCAGUUUCCCCGCAUUCGCACUAUCGAGUUGCUGUUCUCUCCACAAAAAAAGUUUUUCUCUUCACCAGCUCACGCUGUGGCCUUCGUCACGCCGUUCGCUGUCUUUGCGGAGGCUUUCGGAUUCGAGCUCCUCCCCAUCGAGUUCCACGCUGUCACCCGCGCGUGUACCGGGUGCACAGACACCGCAUCGCCACACAGGAGCUCGCGGACCCGAGAGGGAAAACUCUGGGGCGGGGACGAAGUGUUUGUUCAAGGCUUUUCCGGCGCUGCAGAAAGUCGCUUGUUCCACAAGGACCUCAUCCGCCCCGGAACGCUCUCAGGAAACAACGCAACGAGAAUCGAAACAGAGAGGGCAGAGCCGUCUCUCCAUGAGCAGAGUUUCAUCCCCGAAGAAUGCGCUGCCUUCUCCUACAUCUUUGGCGGUCAUCGCCUUCGACGCAACAAGGCGCUCUGCGUCUGCUGCGAUGAGGAGGAGAUCGGCGCAGCCCUCGCUGCGCGGCUUCUCUCCGAAUAUAGGGUGAAGCGAGAGAACGAUAUUAGGAGAUUGCUCGCAGCGAGGCCGGCGAAAGAGAAGACAGAAACAAGCGACACAAACCCGGGGAAGAAGAGAGCUGAGAAGGGAGGUCGAACGUGGCUUGCGCGUAACAAUGAAGGAGAGCGACGUAGUGAACAGCGGAGAGACCCAGCAAUGCGGAACAGGGAAGAGAAGAACUGCGGAAAGGAGAGUGGCUGUGGAUGGGAAGGCCCCAGAAGACACCUGGAGGAAAAGUUAAAAGCGGAGUCCGAUGCAGGCACUGCCGGGACUAGUACGGCUUUUUCGAUUUCCAGUUCUGUAUGGACGAACAGCGAAGGGUGUUCUCCCUUCUCUGACGACGCGAGAUCGGGGAAUAGAGCUGAUGGUAGAGAAGAAAGCCAAGGAAGGGAGGUCGAGAGAGAAGAGACCCAAGGAGCAGCAGGAGAGGCGCAGUCGCAGUCUGUCGUGGAAGGUCAGACGCUCACUCAGUGGCAAGAGCAGCAGGAUGUGGAGGCCGAUCGAGAGGCCAAGCAGCGACGGGAGAGAAGGAACGGCGCAUCAAAGGCAAACUGCAGCACCGUUGGCUGCGAAGACUUUGGGAGACGAUGUCGGCACUCUGAGUGUGUCGGUGGUGGAGGCGCAUGCAGAAAUGAAAGGGAACGAGUUAGAAAGGCGCGGGACAGCUCGCCGCCUCUGUCUUUUCCUGUCCUUGGCUUUGUCGUUCGUGAUAUCACCUUGUCGCAACCCGCACCGGAGGCUCAUGAGUAGUGUAUGUCCGUGCUGGAGACACAAAGUCGCGCAAACGGGAACAAGGAUCUUUUCCCCGCGGGUUUGGGGUUUACAGCAAAGUCUGGCCAAUGCACAGAGACAACAGGCAAAUGCUUGCCCUUUUCUCGGGCGUAAGACGCACUGAAGAGAAAAUGAAAAAGGUGUCUAUGCUCAAGAGGCAGUGGGAGGUGUAGUUUUGCAAACUAUAGAUUUUCCACUUAAAAGUAAAACUCUGCUUCUGCGGGACCCUCAGGACACAUGACAGACUGUUGCCGAUUCGGCGAGUGUGUCGAAUGCGUGUGCAUCCCCAGGCGAAAGCAGGUAAAGAAGAAAGUCUCUCUUUAGGUUAUUCCACAUGAACGAAAUUGCGAAACUUGCCGCGUGUUUCUCUCUUCGGGAUUGAAGACCAGGAACGGCGGUCACUCUGUGUUUCUUUCUAUUGCUUUUCAAUGCCGCACACGAGCGGUGUGCGGUUGCUACUCAUUUCCAAUAAGACUCGAGAAAAAAACAGUGAAACGGAGUGACGGUGAUGUGUCGUAUGUGACACAAUCGUGAUGUUCAGCGUUAUCAAUGUGAUGUACAGAAAGAGCCAACAUAAAUAUCAGACUCAGAACGCAUGCAUGAGCUUGCCUAGCCCGUUUGCGUAUGUAACAUGGAUUAUUCCGAGGCGGUACGGGAUGUUUCAGGGAUACAGCCUAGCAUUGAUCUCACUUCCGAGACACCACCAGACGUAAACACUGCGAGUGUGUGGUUCGUGUGCCCGCUUCCCCAAAAAGCUGCUAAAUUGACUUUUUUUAAGGUUGCAACACGGUGUCCACGUUUUUUCUCACCCGCCGAAGUAUAAGGGGGGAUACGGCGUACUGUAUUUCUUCUUUCGAUCGAUCUGUCGAUAAAAGUGGAACGCAGUCUACCGCGGGGUUUGUCAACUGUUUUCUUGGAGUUUCAGGUAUGACGCGUGCUGGGAGAAACGACAGCAUCGUGUGUUUUUUGUCGUCCGCUCUUCGGAUUUUCAUGUGGAGGACUGGAAAGCUGCGUUGUCAAUCUUUUGUGAUAGCGGCUGACAAAACGGUAAACCGCUGUGACUGAGAGGUUCUUCGCAGUGUGCUAAGACGCCGCAAGUGUGUAAGACGAGGGGUACAUCACUCGGUGUUGUGUUCCCCUUUUUCGAUGAGGGUGUACGAAAGCACGCUUCUUUGAUUUGCGAAGACGAGAAAUCAAUGGAAGACAAAGAUGCUUCGGAGCCUUUUUCCGUCGGGAGCCUGUGAGAGUGGAAGAAAACGGGAGAACAAACUCGUUUCAUCUGUUAUCCUCUUUGGUACUAGACUGCAACAGAUAAAUCUGAUUUUGCCACUGCCUUUUCUAGAGUGAAAAGUUCCACAUGGUAGGGGGACGUCGGGCCUUUUGUGUCCUGGACCUCGUUUUUUUAGGGAG